CCUCAAUCCGGCUUUGAAGUACAUUUCCUGAUUUCUAUCCCUUAUAUAAAGGACUCGGCUUUACUCUCAAUCGAAACAAGCUGAGCCGCUCAGGUUUUCGUUACCAGUAAACAACAGCCAGAUCAUCUCCAGAAUGAAGCACACAACGUUUGCCUGGCUUGCUGUACUGAUAGCAGUGGCGGGUGCCGUUGACAACUGGAAUCCCUGGAGUGAAGAGAACUACGUACCCUUCGGACUGGCCAGGUUCGGGUCCCAGGACCAGGUCUUUAAGAGUCAAGACUUCAUGAAAUAUGGCGGGGCCACAGGGCAGCAGUCACUCUGGGCGGGUCAGAACGUUCUGUCAGGGAGCGCCCAACAGCAGAACGCACAACAACAGAAAGAGAAAUCGCAGGCAUCCGAUCAGAAAUUUGGUCUCAAUGGCGAGUCCUUCAACAACGCCGCCAAGCUUAUUGCUGACGAAGCACGCAGGAACCAAAAGGCACUGAACGAGGACGAGAGGUCCAAGUACACCGACUACAAAGCGGCCGCUGGAGGUGACGCCACCAAAGCCAAUCAGUGGGGAUUUAACACCGGUGACAAGCUCCAAGAAAACAUUAACGGGGCGUACAAGAAGAAGUACGACACGUCUUCCAGCGAGAACGGCGGUUAUGAGACAGAGGACGCGCGCGUCAACCGUCGUACGGACACCGUGAAAACGAAGGAGAAGGAUUACAUCCUCGAUCGCAAGGAUGCGUCUGCGUCACAUGCCCAGAAGAGCGAGGAGCAGGCAGCCAAGGAGGCUGUGAGCAAGUCUGACGCGGCUCAGAAGCAGGCCCAGGACGGCAAGUAUGGUUUCAAUGACCGCAGUUUGGACCAGGCCGGCAAGACGUCCGAUGGACGUUUGAUCGACUACGCUCGCAAGGACUCACGUUAUCUGGACGAGGAGGCCGGCAAGGACCAGGCCGUUCGUCUGGCCAAGGAUAUCGCCGAGCACGCGGCUGGAUAUGAAAAAGAUGCUGCAGUUUCCGCUGACGCCAACCGCAACGCUGCAGACAAUAAAUUCUACGGUGGGGGAGCUGGAGUCGGGAGCUACUCAGCUUGGCCUGGAGAGGCCGCGGGUGGUGUGUAUGGUUCAGGUUUCAAAGAGAACGCGGCACAACACCAGAAGGCUGGCGAACAGGCAUUAGAUAAAGCCUUGAGUUCUUCGGAUGCGCUGAACGAGUAUAACCGAAACAAAGCAAAACAGGACUACAACGAGAUCAAAGGACUGAAGGACUACAACGAAGGCGGAUUCGCGCAGGACGUGAAAGACGCCUCCGGGAAUGGCUACGCCGGCAAGAACGCCGAAGCUGUCAAACAUGUCUAUGAUCUUGACCAAAAAAAUCAAGCAGCAAAGUCAGCAUCCGCCGUGGCAGACAGUCAAAAGAGUAAUUCCGAGUACUUGAAAGAUCGAGAGCUCGACAGCUUGAAAGAAUCAGUAGACAGCGAGACAGUAACCCAGAAGAAAAAUUUCUACAACAACAAAAAGGAAGCAGGAAAUACCGACGAAAUCCUGAAGUUUGAUCACGUGAAGAACGCCGCACAGUUUGGAAAUGCCCAAGAUGGCAGCACGGCAUCGCAGAACAAGUACGACUACCUGAAGGACGACUCCAAGGCCGCGGCUAAGUCCCUCAAGCUCGAUGACUACGCCGAUAGUCGCAACAGCGGGCAAAAGGAGAACGCUGCCAAGACCCUCUAUGCCAACGGAUUUGAACAGCAGAAGGCGCAGGACUCGGCACGCGCCCUUUCGGCCUCUGAUGGCUCUGACAAGGCUGCUUACCAGGCCUACAAGGACGACAGUCAGUCCGGCUCGUACGGCAAAUAUCAGAACCUCAACGACAAGGCCUCUGCAGAUCACCUCAGCCAGGAAAUAAAGCCCGUCGCAGUCAGCUACCCUUCGUCAUCCGGCAACUAUGGCAACGGCGACGACCUUUGGCGGGGCACUAACUCUUACAAGCCAAGCUACAACCCCGCCCCUCCGGUCUUCAGCGGCUAUCCCUCUGCCACUUUGCAGAAGACCUUCGGCAGCUACCCGUCUUCUGCCUCUCAGCUUUCCAGUAGCUACCCCUUACCCGCCUCAAAGGCCUACCCUAGCUCAUAUUCAUACCCGUCUCCUGCUCAAAACCCGACUUACUCCCCGUUGCCUAGCAGCAAGACAGCAAGUGGUUAUCCUAGCUUCAGUAGCGGCUGGCCGUCGCUAGGUCUCCAGCUUCCGUUUAAUGGCGGCGCUGGGCUCAAUUACCCUGGCGGCGCUGGGUACAAUUACCCUGGCGCCUUGGCCUCGUCUUCAGCUGGCAAGGUCGGCGGGUCCUACUUGUCGAACUCUUACAGUGCUUACGGAAACGGCAACAAAUUAUAUUGAACAUUUUAGUAAACUUUUCAGACAUCGUGAAGAUAAAAUUACUUCAAAUAUGUACUUUGAAGACUUUGGGUGACAUGCCAGAAACACUUUAAGAUUCCAUUAUCAAGAUCCAAAUGACGGACAAUUUUCUCUUUUUCGCUUGCACUUAAGGUGUUCUUUCAGGCAGGUCUUAAGCAGAAAUACCUUGCGAUGUGUUAACAUAAUUCAAAAUGAAUUUAAGAAAAGAUGUUUUAUAGGAAGUCGUUGUACAUAAUAAUCAAAUUAUGAAUAUUUGAUUAAGCGUCCCAAUAAACAGUUCAAUUACUUUGCAAA